GAGGAGGAGGAGGAGGAGGAGGAGGAGAAGGAGGAGGAGGAGGAGGAGGUGGAGGUGGAUGGAUUUCCACUGUGACCGAGCUGGGUUUACACGUACGUGGGAUGAAGAGGAAGGGAGCCAGGCUGACUGCGUGGCAUUUAUAUACCCAUGGAAGACCGGGAAGAUAUGAUGUCAAGGAGAAGCAUGAAUACCAACCUCUGAUGAUGUAUCAUAGCUGGACUCCCUCUUUGGAUGGGACAUCCCGUGCAGCGCUCAGUGGACAAGUCCUGCUCCUCACACUGUUUCUUUCUUCUGAGGCGGGCGGCCAUGUUACCCUGGCACACAGCUCUGAAGGCCUCAUGUCCUUAUUGUGUCCUUAUUAUAUCCUAUACAGAGGGAGCUCAGACUCUACCCGUCUCGGAGGGCCACGGGGUUGGUUGAAGACGCUCCACGCUCCUGACACUUCCCAGGACUGCUGUGGAAUGGACUCCUCCCACUGCAAAUUCUUGAGAGCAAGCCAAGCCAGAGCCCCUCGUCCGCGUGACCAGGAACAACAGCUGCUAUUUCAGAGUGACCUCCAAAACUCAGCACAAGAAUCAGAGUACUCCCUGCAUCCCUGCUCAACUCAUCUGAAGAGUGAAGUCAACAGUGAACAGCGGAGUAAGGGCGCCCUCUGGCGGUGGAAAACGACACUACCGUACUGCGUCUUAGAGGACCAUGCCACUGUGUUUGAACUGUUAACUAUAAAUCGUUUAUACUUUACAUUUUUGCUGGACAUAUUCAAAAGCACCGUAUAACAUUUAUGUUUUGGAUGUUUUUACUACUGCACCUGAGAACCAUUGCUUCCCCUUCCUGUGAGGUAUAAAAAUCAGUCAGCAGCCUCCUGGAACCUGCUUGACUCGGGUACUCCGGGUAAUGCCUUACACUGGAGUUGCUUCACGAUGCAGGUUAAUUUGAAAAAUCUGCAUCA